AUGUGGCUGCAUGGGAGGGCCGAGGACUUACUGGCCUAGGAACUCUGGCUCCACGGGCCAGCAGGGCGCUGGGAGGAGGAGGGAGGAGUGUCCUCAGAGCAAGGCCUUUCCAGGAUGCUGGGAGUGUCCCUGGCAGAGGGCUCUGAUGGACAGUCAGGGGAGAGCACCACCCUCACCAACUCGAAGGAGAACGAAGGACACACUCGAAACUCGUUGAUGAAGGAUAUCAUCCCCCUGGGGCCUGAGGAAUCUGCCAUGGAGGUGGUCUUGAAGAAGAUCCGGGAGCUCUCUGAUUCGGACCACCGAGACCCCUUCAUGGUGGGCGACCUGGGAGUGUUGGCCAGCCGCCACCAGGCCUUCUGCCAGGCCCUGCCAAGGGUCUCGCCCUUCUAUGCGGUGAAGUGUAACAGCAGCCCCUGGGUGCUGCGUGUCCUGGCCGCCCUGGGCACCGGCUUCGACUGUGCCAGCCAGGUGGAGCUGGAGCAGGUACUAGGCCUGGGCGUGGCCCCCUCACGCAUCAUCUAUGCCCACCCCUGCAAGCCCGUCUCCCACCUGCAGUAUGCUGCCCGCCAUGGGGUGCAGCUCCUGACCUUUGACAGUGAGGAUGAGCCCAAGGUGGCCCAGCACCACCCUGGGGCCAGGCUGGUCCUUCGACUGUGGACCGAGGACAGCCAGAGCCUCAUCCCCAUGAGCGCCAAGUUUGGGGCCAGCCUGGAGCUGUGUGGACACUUGCUCAAGUCCGCCCGAGACCUAGGCCUGGCUGUGGUGGGAGCCAGCUUCCACGUGGGCUCGGGCUGCCAGAAUCCCCACAGCUUCCCACAGGCCAUCGCCGACUGCCGGCGCGUGUUCGAGAUGGGCCGUGGGGUCGGGCAUGACAUGAGCAUCCUGGACAUUGGAGGGGGCUUCCCCGGAGUUGAGGGCUCUGAGCCGGAGUUUGAGGAGGUAAGACAGGAGGAGGAGAGGGCCAGGGCACAAGGGUUAUCCAGUGCUGGGCAGAGGGUCUGGGCCGGUCCUGAGGGUGCGGGACUCAGUGUUGACCGUCAGUGGUGAGACCUGGCUGAGCACCGUCCUGUCCUCUCCCCUCUCCCAGGAGGCACCCGGAAACUGUUGUACUAUCUCAACGAGGGCCACUAUGGCACCUUUCGCUCCUUCCUCAGAGAUCAUGUCCCCAGGAUGCCAAUUGUGGUGAAGGAGCUCUGCUCAAAGCCGCCCCUCUUCCCCUGCAUCCUUUAUGGCCCCACGUGCGAUGCCUUUGACACGUUCUACAAUGAGGAGGUGCAGCUGCCUGAGCUGGACGUGGGUGACUGGCUCAUCUUCCCCUCCAUGGGUGCCUACAAUUCAGUCAUGAGCUCCACCUUCAAUGGUUUUCUGCCUGCGACCAUCCGCUACAUGAUGGGACCUGAGCUCAG